AGGAAAGAAAUCAUGAACCUUUUUAUAACAUCCUUUUUCUCUUUUCUUCAACUUUCACCUUCCUGAUGAUCAUAUCAAUCAACAUAGUGGAGCUUCUCCAUCUCUUUCACUCGAAUGAUUUAUUUUUCUUUUUCUUUUUUAUUUUAAAGUAGACGAACUUUAUUUGUAUGUGAGGUUAGCCCCUUUACAUAGCUGGAGUCUGGAGAGGUCACGGUUACCAAAUCUCUUUGCUUUUUUUUUUUUUGCACGCACUCCCUUGACGAUAAAAAGCUUACCAAUCAUACCUUUCAAAAGCCCCGCCACCUUCUUCUCCACAUAGAAAGAAAGAAAGAAAGCAGAGAAAAAUAAUCUUUUUUUUUUUUUCUUUGAUUAAAAAGGCUUCACCUUUCUUCAUCUUCUUCACAACAAUAACAACACAUGAAAAUCCCAGCUUCAUCUCCUCAGGACACAACCAACAACAACAGUACUGAUGGUAAUCACUUAUCCAUGGACGAACAUGUCAUGCGUUCCAUGGAUUGGGAUUCCAUCAUGAAAGAAUUGGAGCUCGACGAUGACUCUGCUCCUAACUCACUUAAAACCGGUUUUACUACAACCACCGCCACCUCAGAUUCUACUAUUUUGCCUCUUUACGCCGUCGAUUCAAACCUCCCUGGCUUUCCCGAUCAGAUUCAACCUUCUGAUUUCGAGUCAUCAACCGAUAUUGUUUAUCCCGGUCAGAACCAACAACCAACCGGGUACGGUUUCAAUUCUCUCGACGGCGUCGACAAUGGAGGAUUUGAUUUCAUCGAAGAUCUAAUCCGAGUCGUGGAUUGUGUUGAAUCUGACGAGUUACAGCUCGCUCAGGUGAUAUUGUCACGGCUCAACCAACGGUUAAGAUCCCCUUCGGGUAGACCGUUACAGAGAGCUGCGUUUUACUUCAAGGAAGCUCUCGCUUCUCUUUUAACCGGAACAAACCGGAAUCCAAUCCGGUUAUCUUCUUGGUCUGAGAUUGUUCAGAGGAUCCGAGCGAUUAAGGAAUAUUCCGGGAUUUCUCCCAUCCCUCUCUUCUCUCAUUUCACGGCCAACCAAGCCAUCCUCGAUUCGUUGAGUUCUCAGUCGGCUUCUCCGUUCGUCCACGUGGUUGAUUUCGAGAUCGGAUUCGGUGGACAAUACGCAUCGCUCAUGAGAGAAAUCGCCGAGAAAUCUGUCAGCGGUGGGUUUUUAAGAGUUACGGCGGUCGUCGCGGAGGAGUGCGCCGUCGAGACGAGGCUAGUCAAAGAAAACUUAACUCAAUUCGCGGCGGAGAUGAAGAUCCGUUUCCAGAUCGAGUUCGUUCUUUUGAAGACGUUUGAGAUGUUAUCGUUCAAAGCGAUUAGGUUCGUCGAGGGAGAGAGAACCAUCGUUUUGAUCUCUCCGGCGAUAUUUCGCCGUUUAAGCGGAAUCGCCGAUUUCGUGAACAAUCUACGGAGAGUGUCACCCAAGGUCGUCGUGUUCGUCGAUAGCGAAGGAUGGACGGAGAUCGCCGGAUCUGGAUCGUUCCGGCGAGAGUUUGUUAGCGCUCUUGAGUUCUACACGAUGGUGCUGGAGUCGCUCGACGCCGCAGCUCCUCCUGGAGAUUUGGUGAAGAAGAUAGUGGAAGCGUUCGUUCUGCGUCCAAAAAUCUCCGCGGCGGUGGAAACGGCGGCUGAUAGGAGAAACACCGGUGAGACGACUUGGCGGGAAGUUUUCUGCGCCGCCGGGAUGAGGCCGAUCCAGCUAAGCCAGUUCGCCGAUUUCCAAGCAGAGUGUUUACUGGAGAAGGCGCAGGUUAGAGGAUUCCACGUGGCAAAACGACAAGGAGAAUUGGUGCUGUGCUGGCAUGGAAGAGCUCUUGUUGCCACGUCAGCUUGGCGGUUUUAGAUAAACCGGGCUUGGUUUAACAAUGAUAUAGAAAAUAGAAAUUGUAUCUACCGUCUUUAUAAAUAUUUAUUUCUUUUUGGUGUU